GCUUUGAACUUCAAGAGGUAUCCGAUAUGGCCUCUUUAAUUACUCAGUAUCUUCGCACCUUGAUUCAAGCAAAAAAAUCGACUCUCUGCGUCAGCGCAGAUGUAACUUCGGCUGCGGCGAUGCUUUCGUUGGCCGAUACCGUUGGCCCCAGCAUUGUCGUCUUCAAGACGCACGCCGACAUGCAUACAGGCUGGAACGCCGACCCGGAGCACGGUACUGGACCACAGUUGGCCGCCCUUGCACGCCGCCAUCGCUUUCUGAUAUUCGAAGACCGCAAGUUCGCCGAUAUUGGUUUUACCGUUCAGCAACAGUACGCGGCUGGUGACUACCGCAUUCUCGACUGGGCACACAUUGUCAACGCUCAUGUACUGCCUGGCCCAGACAUGAUACGCGCGCUCGCAUUGGAAGCGACCAAAUGGAAGGAACAGCAGCCCGCGCUGAAGUCCGACGAAACAAUGCCUUUUGCUACUCCCUAUCAAAACAUCGCGGAGCCGCCAAACGAUCGCGCUUUACUUCUCCUUGCGCAAAUGACCUCCGCUGGUAACCUGCUCGACGCCAGUUACACUGAAACAUGCACGACUAUAGCCCGACAGCAGCGGGACUUUGUCAUGGGCUUCAUUGCGCUGGGUCCGCUCAACUGGGAGCCAGAAGAUGACUUUGUUGUGAUGACACCAGGCUGCGCGCUUCCGUUGGAAGAAUCACUAGACGGGUCCGAGUUCGCCGGGAGUGAUCCUCUAGGUCAACAAUAUAUAACUCCUCAAGAGCUAAUGCUACGCGGUUCCGAUAUUAUUAUCGUUGGGACGGGAAUCUGUAACGCCAAAGAUCCGGCUGCAAAAGCAGAGCAGUAUCGACGAGUGGCAUGGGAAGCGUACGAAAAUCGAAUCAUAAGCAUUAAGCUCUAGUUAUUAACGUCCCUCGCCUAUGAGAGUUUUACCGUUCGGCGAGCGCACCAAUUUGAGACUCAUGAUAGUAACAUUAGAAUACUCUAUACGUAUAUCCACCUACUAAUGACCCUAAUUCUAGGCAUAGAUAUGAGAGAAAGAUGGCGUAAUUACCUAGCUCCGCCUCCGCUCGGAUCUUCGGCACUACCCUAC